CGCUAGUCUCAGAGUAUUUUGCUGUAGUUUGGCGAGAUCUCGAUUAAUCGAAUCGAAUCGAAAAUCGAAUCGCAUCGCAUCGCGAAUCGAAAUCAGUGGUUGACGGCUGUCAAUAUGGCUGGAGUUUUUGAUGAUGUUGUAACUUGCAAGACAGCAGCGGAAAACAUACGGUUGCAGAAACAGAUUACAGAGAAACUGUAUCAGAGAGAUACCGAGAGGCUAGCAGAAGUCGAUAGGAAAAAAUCAGAACGACUUGACCAUCGUAGCGAGAAAGAAAGUGCUUCGUACUUCUCAGCUACGUUCGCUAACGAAAGGGCUAUCAUAGAAAAAAAGCUUGAAGACACCAACACCGUUCCAAAUUCUCAACUAAUUGAUCACUUUGACUCUCUUCUUCUAUCAUGGCAGAACCUGCAAAGAUUUGUGUCACACUCCACUCUGUUUUUGUCUUCAUAUGAGGUGAGGUCAAGCAUGGAAAUAUUAAACAGUUUACAAAAAAAGAUUAAAAUGAAACGUGAUUCUGCCAUACCAAAGAAAAAGUUUGCUUUUAAAGGACAAAAGAAAUUUGAUACAAGUGGAAAUAUCAAACCAGCAGAGUUAGUUGAGGGACAGUUGAAGAAAACUUCAAUUCAGGAUACUGCCUUUCAAGCAAUGGAUUGUGGCUUCAGCGACAGAAUUGGGGAAACACUGCAUGUGGAUAAUUCGGAAAUCUUUGAGAAAGAUGUCUCGCUUAGCAGACUCAAAGACUGCAUUAUGAAACUACAUGGUUCCCCAAAUACUCUUCACAUAGACAAGUUGCAAGGCUGCAAGGUAUUCACAGGACCUGUGUUUACGUCAGUAUUCAUUGAUAGCUGCAAGGAUUGCACGUUUGUUAUAGCCUGUCAGCAGUUGAGAAUGCACACGACGUCAGAUUGUGAUAUUUAUCUACAUGUCACUAGUCGUGCAAUAGUAGAGGACAGUAAGGGGUUGCGUAUAGCUCCGUACAACUAUAGAUAUGAUGGGCUCGAUGAGGAUUACAAGAAAUCCAGAUUAAACCGAGAAACAAAUAAUUGGGAUGAUCUUGAUGAUUUCAAUUGGUUGGCUAGUGACAAACACUCACCUAACUGGAGUGUACUUUCUGACGAACAGAGGGUGAAAACGUGGGAGGUGUGAUUGCUAACAAAAUAGUUUGAAUAUUCUAUUGAUAAAUCUCUGUGAUUGUUUUACCUGGUAUAAAAAUUUAAUGAAGUUAAUUACAUGUAUUGAAGGGCUUAAAAUGUAUGGAACGGAUAGUUUACUAGUACUGCACAAUGGUUAAAUGUGCAAACUAGUUUUAUUUGAAUUAUCAUAUAUUGCAUGCAUUGUUUAGACAAUUAAAAUUAGCAAUCUUAACAUAUAGCAAUAUAUGGUGCGUAUGGUUGUGCUAAGAUGUAUGCUAAGAUGUGUAUUAGUUUAUCUAUCAUCAUCAAGUUUUACAGUUGAAAUAAAUUAGAUAACCAUUGUUUCAGAAUGA